GCUUUGGAUAUUAUUUGACUUGAUCAGUAUUAUUGGAAUUUGGAACUCUGUUAUACUUCAAAGAGCAGCUUUCUGUGAUUACUUUGCAUGUGUAUGUGACCUGUGCUCGAAUUCAGACCUUCCCUGUUCACACUGAAUGUGGAAUAGACUACUGACAUUUUGAGUGAACACCAAUUUUGAGACUUCAUUUAUAGUUUUGUUAUUGCUCCCUGAUCUCAGGGUGGUGCCCUGUUAUUAUUAAUAUUUGUUAAUAAUCUUAGAUAUCAUUACUUUUAUUAAUGUCAAUAAUUUAGUUGUCAUACUUGCUGAUAACCAAACACACUCCUGUCAGAUCCCAACAACGCUACACUAACGUUGCUCUGUGUCUGCUAGAUAAUGGGCAACUGUUUGCUCACACGUUAGCCUUAUCAACUGAAAAGGUGAUAAUAUGUCACUGUUGUUUCCACAUUAUUUCCACUGCACCCAAAUGGCCACAAAACUGUAUUUGCAGGUUUAAAUACUCCAUUAACAACUUCAAAAUUGCACCAAAUUCAAAAAAGCACUCCAUGGUGUCUACAGCAAUACACCCAGCAAGCGUUAAAUAGAUCAGAUGGACAGUUCUCGAGAUAUGCAAAGGACACAGACAGACAGACAGAGAUUCCUUGCUUUAUAAUUAGAGUAUUCUUUAUGUGACCUAAUGUGUGAGCAAACCACAGUUGUCUUUGUUCUUAAUGCAAUUAACAAAGUCAGAUCAUUCCGUAGUGAAUAUUGAGCUGUUGAUGCCUCCUCUGUUGCUGCACUGAACAUCAGGAUGUCGGCUAUGCACUGGGAGGCCAGACGGCGUCAGAGUGCUCUGGACUGCAGGAUAGCCAGAGACAAACAGCAGCUGCUGCAGAGAGCUUCUGAGACCAGCUGCAAUGCAACCAAACACAACACAAGAGCAAACAGCCAGUGUCCUCACUGUAAGGGCAACCUGGAGACACCUGUCCAUCACAGUGCCAAGAUACCCAACAGAUACUCAUCUUUACAGUACAAUCAGCAGUGGUGAAGAAGAUGAGGAACAGCACUGUUCUCUGACAACCUCACAGGAUUACUGGACUAAAUCAGUGUGGAUGUCUAAACGUAAGUACAAAUUGUACUUGGAGCCAAACAACACUAUUAAAAUACCUCGUUCAAGACUGAAAAGACAUUUGGAUGCUUUGGAUGUCACUGGUGACCACAACAAUGAAGAGGACGGAAUCAAUCCUCACCUGAGCCCUGCAGAUGUUGAGACCACGUCUCCAUCUGGCCACUUUGAGCUUACGCAGCAUUAUGAUCAAGAAGACACGAUUGACCAGCAAAUAUCUUCAUCUGGUCACUUUCUCCUAACUUCUGAGCUGCAACCAAGAGAUGUGGCUUCCUCACCUGAAGGCAGUGUUUAUGGACUCGAUUCAGAACUGGAAGAUCUUGGAGAAGAUGAGCCAGUUAGAGAGACAGGUUUUGACAAAGACAUGGACUCAGUGCUAAUGUCAGCAGGUACAACAACGAAGGCUGAAGCACUGAUCAUGAUAAUGAGUCAUGCAGCAAGGCACAAUAUAACAGGGACACAACUUGAUGAUUUAUUAAAACUCAUAAAUACUCUGUUUAGCAAAGAGGUGCUACCAAGAUCAAAAUCUUUGUUCAACAAGGUCUUUCAAAACAACUCAGAAAGUGUGGAGUUUCACUACUACUGCAAAACCUGUAAAGUAUAUAUUGGCACAAAGGGAGACAUAAAAGACAAAAACAUUGCACAGUGUUCAAUUUGUAGUACUCUUAUUGAAAUCAAUUCCAUGAACCGUUCAAGUUUUUUUAUCAACAUACCAAUUGCACCUCAAAUUCAGACACUUUUAGAAAUUCCUCAGAUUCAAAACAACAUGAGCUACAGACACCAAAGGCUACAAAAUGAUCAUGUGAUCUCUGACAUCUAUGAUGGCGAAAAUAUCCUGAAUAUCCUGACAGAGAAGCAAAAAAACUGCUGGCAGAUAUGGAGCAGGCAGUAGCACAAAACAAAAGUGUCAGAGGAGUGAAAGGUCCAUCACCACUCAACAUGCCUUAUUUUGAUAUAGUGUGGGGCUUUGUUCCAGACUAUAUGCAUGCUGUGUUACUUGGUGUCAUCAGACAACUCACAGAGCUUCUUCUAAACAACAGCGAGCAACCCUACUACAUUGGGAAUGGCACCACUAUGGGGGUGCUAGAAAACAGAAUGAAGGACAUAAAGCCACCACACCUGAUAACUCGACUACCCAGACCUCUUGCAGAGCUCAGGCACUGGAAAACCUCAGAGUGGCGAACAUGGCUCCUGUUUUACAGCUUGCCUGUCCAGAAUGGUGUACUUCAGCCAUGCUAUCUGAAGCACCGAGGCCUUCUGGUGUCGGCAGUAUAUCUUCUUUUUAAAGAGAAUGUCACCUUCCAAGACAUAAACAAAGCAGAUAACAUGCUGUUUGAGUUUGUUGCAAGGUUUCAGUUGCUGUACGGAGAGGUGUCAAUGACAUUUAAUGUACAUCUGUUAACUCACCUUGCUAAGUCUGUGAAAUUGUGGGGGCUACUCUGUGCACACUCAGCAUUUGUGUUUGAAAAUGCAAAUGGUGGGCUGUUGAAACUGGUUCAUGGAACUAAGUGUGUAGCUCUACAGAUUGUGAACAAAUUCCUGUUGCACAGAGCAAAUACCUCUCUUAACCUCCAGGCAUGCAGUAAGGGAGUAAGUCAAGGAGUUCUGUUUGGAGAUGACAAAUGACUGAAGAGUAAAAAGUUUCACAAAAUGUCAAGACACAACUGGAGAGUGACAGAGACCACUACUGAUGAGAAGAGUGCCUUUGUGUCUGCACAAAAACAAACACCAGAUGAAUUGGUAGUGCAUAAGAGAAUGGUGCAUAAAGGACUGGUGUAUACCGGCAAAAGCUAUACCCUCAGUAAGAGACGCAGGGACCGUUUUGCAAAGCUCAGCGAUGGUGUUUAUGGGGAAAUUCAGAAUAUCAUAUCCCUUCCUUCAGAAGGAGGUACAGAAAUUGCUGUAUUGUUCAAAAAGCUUCAUACACAUACCUCCUUUCCUUUAUCACAAGGUUAUGGGUUUGUGUCACAUAUCCGACUCGUUAGUGGAGGACUUUUUUCUCCAGUGUGUCUGAUUCUAGUUGACAGGUUAGAGCAGAAAUGCAUGAUUUUAAAAAUAAGUGAUCAGAUGUACAUUUGUGACUUUCCAAAUUCACAUGAGAGAGACUAGUCUGACUAGACUGAAUCAAAGAUGGUCAUUCUAGCUUGCAUUCAUUUUGAGUUGGCUGAUUAGACUUUAUCUCGGGUAGAGUUUAGGCUGAGCUAUGCUGGGAUGUACAGAUGUGGAGAAAUGUUUGUACCUGUGCUGUCCUUGUUGUACUGUACUGUACUGUGUAUCAUUUGACAGCCAGAUAAAUG